UACAAUUAUAUACGGCGGUGUGCUGCUGUGUUAUACAGUCUUCCAGGAAAAUUCUCGUAAGAAAAUUAGAAAGAUGCCUCUUCAAUUAUCAAUGAAAGAAAAUAUUCGCAAAUGUUCGGAAAAUAUUUCUAUGAAGGAAAAAACAUCACCUAAGAAGUUAUGCACCACCUCACCAGGUUUACGAGAGAAUCAUCUUAAUAAUCGAAACACCAUUAAUGAAACGACAAAGGCAGUACGAAAGAUUCAGCUUCAGGAUAACGAAUUUAAUCCUAAAUUAGAACCAUUGUUAAAAGAAAAUCCACGGAGAUUUGUAAUAUUUCCAAUACAAUGGAAUGACAUUUGGCAAAUGUAUAAAAAGGCAGAAGCAUCGUUUUGGACUGUAGAAGAAGUUGAUCUUACUAGGGACAUGGAUGAUUGGAAUAAUUUAAAUAAAAAUGAAAGACAUUUCAUAACACACGUAUUAGCAUUUUUUGCUGCUUCCGAUGGAAUCGUCAAUGAAAAUCUCGUAGAACGUUUCAGUCAAGAAGUUCAAGUUACAGAGGCACGUUGUUUCUAUGGAUUUCAAGUAGCAAUGGAAAAUGUUCAUUCUGAAAUGUAUUCUUUGUUAAUCGAUACAUAUAUCACGGAUUCGAAAGAAAGAGAAUUCUUAUUUAAUGCCAUUGAAACUCUUCCAUGUGUUGCCAAAAAAGCUAAUUGGGCAUUGAAUUGGAUCAAUCACGAAAGUGCAACGUUUCCUGAACGUGUUGUCGCAUUUGCCGCAGUCGAGGGAAUAUUUUUCAGUGGUAGUUUCGCUGCCAUAUUUUGGUUAAAAAAGAGAGGAUUAAUGCCUGGUCUUACUUUCAGUAAUGAAUUAAUUUCUAGAGACGAGGGAUUACAUUGCGACUUUGCUUGUUUAAUGUUUAAACACAUUAUACAAAAGCCUUCUCACGAACGAGUUAUUUCAAUUAUUAAAGAUGCUGUAGAAAUUGAACAGGAAUUUUUAACAAAAGCAUUACCAGUUGAAAUGAUCGGCAUGAAUUGUACACUCAUGUGUGAAUACAUCGAAUUUGUCGCAGACAGAUUACUCAGUGAACUUGGAUGUCCAAAGGUUUACAUGUCGAAGAAUCCAUUUGACUUUAUGGAACAAAUUUCGUUGGAAGGUAAAACGAACUUUUUUGAAAAAAAGGUUGGAGAAUAUCAAAAGUUUGGAGUUAUGCAAGAUAAGUUUGAAUCGAAUUUUUCGGUCAAUGCUGACUUUUAAAUAUAAAAUGACUAAAAUCCGUGACUUAAUUAAAACCAAAUUAAUUUGUAUUAUUAUUAUUUAAGAUAGAAAAAAGCGUGAUUCAUUAGGCUAUAAAAAAACAAACAAACAAAGUUGUUUAUAAUCAAAUUUUCGACUUUUCUAAAGUAUAUAUAAAAAUAAUUGCAUGAAGAAAAAGAAAAAAAAAAUCUCUUUCUCUUUCUC